AUGAAUACAUUUUUUGAAGAAAAUGGUAGUCAGCAUUAUUAAACACAACACUUAUAAUAAAGUCUAUGGCUCCAUUCGCCUGACUAAAAAGAAAUUGCUAAUCUCAAUAAAAAGUAGCAUGAAAAUAGCUCUAUAAAUUCAUCUGAAAACCUUUCAGAUGAAUAGCCAACAAGAGUGUAAAGAAGAUCAUAAAAAAUAAUAUAUUAAAAUUAAGAAAAUUAGGAUAUAUCUGAAAAUUAUUCCUCAAGAGAUAGUAAUCUUAAGUGCAGUAUUAAGGUUGAAGGAUAAAAUAAUAAAAAUAAUGUAGAAUUAAAUUAUACAUUUUAGAAGUCUCUUAGAAAUAGAGAGAUAUCCUUCGAAAGAAAUCAUUUAUAUAGAGAAGAAAGUAUUAAUGAUUAGAUAAGGGGCUCUAUGAUAGCAAGCCCAAUAAGAAGAUUAGAAUCUUCUAAAAGAUACAAUAAUGGUAGGCCAGCUAAUGUGUAAAAGGAAUUAUUAAAUAGAUUUAUGCAAAUUUAUCAAAAGCAAAAGCAUUAAUUGACUAAAUUAGAUGUAAUUGUAAAACUAAAAACAAAGCUAAAAAAAUUUUUUAUAAAUUACACCUACUAAGGAAGGACAUAUUUGCUUAAAGAUAACUAUUAAAUAAGGAAGUUUAUAAGAGACAAAAGCGAUAUAUUAGCAUUUGGCAAAGAGGAUAAAUCUAAAUUUAAUAAAAAAUAAAUAGCUCAUGCUCAAUAAAAUUAAAAUGAUUUAAGGUAUUCAAUGACAUAAAUAGCAGCGAAGCAAAACUACUUUGACUAAGUACUGCGCUAUGUAGGUAAAAAAAUUAAUAAAACUACAAGAAAGAUACUUACAAUCUAGGUAAUAAAACCUCACUAUGACUGGGUAAUUACUCUUAAUAUAAUUUUUGUAGUUUUAAACUACAUUUACUUCUACUUUCUUUCAAUGAUUACAACAUUUGAGAUAUAGUUGGAGAGUAAAAAAAUUAACUAAUAUAAUAUAUGCACAUUCAUUUAGUGGAUAAUCGAAAUAUGUGUCAAAUUAAAUACUGCUACAUUUCAUGGAGGAUAGUUUAUCUAUAGCAGAAAAACUAUAAUAAAACACUAUCUUUAAGGAAAUUUUAUUUUUGAUAUUAUUCCUCUUGUUUUAAUUCUUUUCUCUGAUAUAGAGACUAGCUCAUCUACAAUAAUUAGGAUCUUUAUGUUUAUUAAGCUAAUUAACAAUUUCAGACUCAAAUAGGAAGUUGAAAAGAUAUUGUUAAUGAGAAUAAAGUACCAUUAUUAUAUAGAUAUUUUUAAUUUAGUUUUGAACAUAUAUUUAGUAGGUCACCUAAUAGUCAUAGGUUUUUACAAUGUUGUGAGAUUAGAAAUUAACUAUUUAGGAUAUACUCAUACCUUUAUUGAUACCAUUUAAGAAUUUUAAGAUAAAUGGUGGUAGAGAUAUAUUUCAUCUAUCGAAUGGGCAUUUACUUUAAUGUGCACAGGAUCAAAUGUAGCAGAGACAACUCCUGAAGUUGUCUACAUGAUUUCUAUAUAGAUGAUUAUAUUUGUUCUCUUUGGAUAUAUAAUAAAUAUGAUUGGAUUUAUCAUUCUCGAAAUGCAAAAAUCCUCAGAUGAAAAAAAUAGAGAUAUAAAUGUCAUCAAUAAUUUCAUGAAUAGGAAGCAUACCUCAUAAGAACUAAAGCAUAAAGUAAACCUAGAUUUAGAAUAUUACUACCAAAGAACAGUAAAAAAAAAAUCAGAUAUUGAAUAAAGUGUUUUAGGUAAAAUAUCCUAAGAAUUGUCAGAUGCUAUCGCCUUAGAAUAUAAUAAGAAAAUAAUAUCAAAAAUUAAAUUUCUAAAUAAUAGCUUUAGUUAAUAAAUAAUAGAUAAGCUAUGUGUGAAAGUUGAAGAGAGCUUUUAUUCGCCUAACUAAACUAUAUUCAAAGAAGACCAUCUAUCACUAAAUCCACCACUUAUUUAUAUUAUUUCUGGAAAAGCUGAAAUUUUAAAGCAAGUGGAAGUAGAUUCAAAAUAAAAUGAUCUAAAAGCUCCCAAAAAGAAAAUUGAAUAUUGCAAUAGCAUGAAAACAAUUGUUGAACGAAAUAAUGACGAUACUAAAAGCCAAACAUUUGUUCAAGUAAUUGGUGAACUAAAAAAAGGAUAAAUAUUUGGCGAAAAGAGCUUUUUUACUGGAAGCUCAAAUCCAUACGAAAUAAGAUCAACUGAUUUCACCACUGUUCUCAAAUUAGAGAGAUCUGCAUUUAUAAGCAUAAUAAAAGAAAACGAAAAGGAUUUUUAGGUUUUUAAUGAAAUUAAAGAUAAAUCUAUCUUUCUGUCUGAUUUUUAGCAACUAGGGAUAAGAUGCAAAAUAUGUAAAAGCUAUAACCAUGAGGAAAUGAAUUGCCCUCGAUGUCAUCUAAAUAAAAAUAAUUCAAUCCUUUUUGAUAAAUUAAACUACUCUUAAAUGUAGGAAAGAACUGGGAAUGUUAGAAAAAUUAAGUAAAAAUUUAAUGCUCGAUUUGACAUGGUUUUUAUUCUGAGAGAUGUUGAAAAAAUUAUAGAUUAAAUUGAGAUAGAAAGCGUAGAUGAAUAACUCUACCAAACUCUAGAAGCAAAUGAUUUUUCUUAAGAAAACGAAAGCUAAGAUUUGAAGUUAUCGAUUGAAUCUAGCAGUGAUGAAAAAUAUGAAAAAGUAAAUAGCUAAGGUCUAGUGAGAUAGCCAUCUUAGAAGUUAAGCAUAAAUCCUGCUAAGUUUGAAUAAGAUAAAUAACUUCAAGGUAGUGCUAUUGAUAUCAUGGAUAAAAACCCUAGUUAUUUAAGUGCAAAUAUAUUCUCAAGAUAAUUAGAAGAUGAAAGUAAUUACUCAGUUAAUUAAAAUAAUUCAAGGAAUAAUUCUUUUGUAGUCGGCUCUCAUUUGCAGCCUGUCAGCAUCAAUUAUAAGAAUUAGAUAGAUUAGCAAAUAAAAGACCAUAGAGAUAAAGAAACUUUGAGAGAAAAAUCAUUAACAAGUAUCAAGGAAAGAGAUUUGAUUUCAUAAAAAUCAUCAAUGGAAAAGAGAUCAAGAGUUUAAUAAAUAAAUUAGGGCACUAAUAACUAAAUUUUAGAGGAGUUAUAAAAAAUUUUUUAUUAAUUUUAAAUGAUGUCUAAUAAUAGAAGGAGCUCAUACAUUAACUCACCAUUUAGGAUAUCAAAUACUAAAAAUACUGGAAAUGAUAAAAAAGCUGGAACGCUCUAUGAGUAAAAUAUUUUUGCUGAAGAAAGGCUCAAAUAAGAUUAAUAUUGGAUGUUUGAUUCAUUAUAGGACUACGAAUUCUACUUCUAAGAAGGUAACCACAGCUUAGUACUUUAGAGACAUUAAAAUAUCAGAAAAAAAUUAUUAAAAGAAGGUAAUAAAGCCAUAAGUGUUGUAGAAAAAAUAGGCUCUAAAAGAAAUCUAAAAUCAUAAAAAACUGGAUUAUGA